CAAAAAAGACGCGACCACAAAGCAGCGACACCACCACGACCACUCACGGCAGCACGCAGACAUGAGCAUGCACUCACAGAACAUGGCACCAGGACAGACAUCUCACAAGGUCGCACAUGCCGCACCCAGCACAGACUCCCACUCCGUCACGAAACGCCUGCAAUCCGAGCUCAUGACCCUCAUGAUGUCCUCGACACCCGGCAUCUCUGCCUUCCCCGAGAGUGACAGCAACCUAUUCCACUGGCUCGGUACAAUUUGUGGACCAGCAGACACGCAUUAUGCCGGAUUGACGUUUAAGCUCAAGAUUGACUUUCCCGCAAACUACCCCUUCAGCGCGCCUACCAUCCUCUUCACCUCUCCCAUGUGGCAUCCAAAUGUCGACAUGUCUGGCAAUAUCUGCCUCGAUAUCCUCAAGGAAAAAUGGUCUGCCGUCUACAACGUCCAAACCAUCCUUCUCUCCCUUCAGUCCCUGCUCGGCGAACCCAACAAUGCCUCACCCUUGAAUGCACAAGCGGCAGAUUUAUGGACGCGUGAUCCAGCAGAGUACAAGAGGUUGCUCAUGCAGCGGUACCGACCCAUUGAAGAGCAGUAGGAUGGAUGACGAUGGAGCUAUGGUUUUGGGUUACGCGAUUUUUUGUCUGUUCCUGAUGCCUUCAACCCUCUUGGAUCGCAUUGAGAGUCGCUCGUUUUGUUUUGUUUUGUACGAUUGCAAACAUACCCUUCGUGGAGUGUCUUUC